GUCACAACUCAAAAAUAUACAAUUUUCAAGAGAUAGGAAAAACAAAAUUGAAUUUCUUUUAAUUGUGAAAUAACUAUAACGCACAUACACGUACGACAUUUUGUUAUAAUGAAACUUAUACUGUUUUUUGAAGAGGUCUGGUGUGAUUCACUUGUCAAUUAAUUCACUUAUGACACACUAUCACAGUACUAUUUAUUCAGGAAACCACACAUGACCGGUUCGAAAAAAAAAAAAACUAACGACAUUUCUGCCCCGCGCAGCGAAUUUCGCAUGUAGACUUGUGACAGCAUGUAAGGCAUACACUUUAGUGCUGGUCUACAACCUUGCUUUAAAGGAUAUUUAAGCUCUAAGCCGAAAGAACGUGACCAAUCACAAUAAAAUGUGAAGAGACGACUCGACUGUACGUGGUCAAUUUCUUACAGCUUAGAGCUUAAAUACCCUUUAAAGCAAGGUUGUAGACUAGCACAUAGGCAUACUUUUUAUGGGCUUAACUAAAAAUCGAAAUAUUUUAACUUGUGACAGUAUUCUUCUCGGACUGUGAUAUGUAUACACAUGUAGACUCGUUUUAUAUCCGUCUAAUUUAUUUCAAUAUCAACUUGUAACACGUGUAUCUAAGAACUUGCAUAAAUAUGUACCGGUUGAUCUACGUGUGUCAGAUAUGGUAUUGAAAUAAAUUAAACGAAUAUAGACAGAGUAGCCCGCGAUAAACCGUAUUUACGUAUUUGCGUUGUGGCGAAUUUUCUUUUGCGAAUGUUGAGUCAGCUUUUUUUCUUAAGAACUUUCUUAAAAGCGGUGCUACAACUUUUGACUUUUAAGUUCUGAUAAAAAAUAAAGAGUUUAAAAAUGUUUAAAAGUGCAAAUUUAAGAGGAUACACUCAGAUAGAUCUUCUCGAAUCCGAGAUAUCUCAGUGAGAAGACGAACGCUCUACGAGGGUUCGACGAGGGUGAUCGGUCAUGGCCUUGUUCCCUACGAACGGCACAAAGCCGCUGGUCGGCGGCAAUUAUGUGUUGAAUGUUUUGAACUACAUUAAUGAACUAAACGAGUCGCUCAGCGCCGAGCAGCUCAAGUGUAUCGAACGUGAAUAUCAGGAACGCGAAAACCAGAAGCAGGAACAGCAAGAAUGUGAAGUAAGCUGGGACACCAUACUAUGCUGGCCCCGAACGGUUUCCGGCACCUUGGCUACUAUCCCCUGCUUCGACGAGCUCAACGGAAUACCUUACGACAACACUCGUGAGUACGCGCUUUAUUUACAAU